AUGGGCAUGAAACACUCCUCCCGCUGCCUGCUCCUCCGGAGGAAAAUGGCGGAGAACGCAGUCGAAAGCACGGAGGUGAGCAGUGCCCCCCCUCAGCCCCCUCAGCCUGUCAUCCCAGCCAAGCCUGUCCAAUGUGUCCACCACGUGUCCACACAGCCCAGCUGCCCAGGACGGGGCAAGAUGUCCAAGCUGCUGAAUCCCGAAGAGAUGACAUCAAGGGAUUACUAUUUUGACUCGUAUGCUCACUUUGGGAUCCACGAGGAAAUGCUGAAGGAUGAGGUAAGGACACUCACGUACCGGAACUCCAUGUACCAUAAUAAGCAUGUGUUCAAGGACAAAGUGGUGCUGGAUGUCGGGAGUGGCACAGGAAUCCUCUCCAUGUUUGCUGCCAAAGCAGGGGCCAAGAAGGUGUUUGGGAUCGAAUGUUCCAGUAUUUCUGACUACUCAGAGAAGAUCAUUAAGGCCAACCACCUGGAUAAUGUUAUUACCAUAUUUAAGGGUAAAGUGGAGGAGGUGGAGCUGCCCGUGGAGAAAGUGGACAUCAUUAUCAGCGAGUGGAUGGGUUACUGUCUGUUCUAUGAGUCCAUGCUCAACACGGUGAUCUUUGCCAGGGACAAGUGGUUGAAACCUGGAGGGCUUAUGUUUCCAGACCGGGCAGCUUUAUACGUGGUAGCAAUUGAAGACAGACAGUACAAGGACUUCAAAAUCCACUGGUGGGAGAACGUCUAUGGCUUUGACAUGACCUGUAUCCGGGAUGUCGCCAUGAAGGAACCCCUGGUGGACAUCGUGGACCCAAAGCAAGUGGUGACCAAUGCCUGUUUAAUAAAGGAAGUGGACAUUUACACUGUGAAGACGGAAGAGCUGUCCUUCACAUCUGCCUUCUGCCUGCAGAUACAGCGCAACGACUACGUCCAUGCCCUCGUCACCUAUUUUAAUAUUGAAUUUACCAAGUGCCACAAGAAAAUGGGUUUUUCUACAGCCCCCGAUGCUCCAUACACCCACUGGAAGCAGACCGUCUUCUACUUGGAAGACUACCUCACUGUCCGGAGGGGGGAGGAAAUCUACGGGACCAUAUCCAUGAAGCCAAAUGCCAAAAAUGUGCGAGACCUCGAUUUCACAGUAGACUUGGAUUUUAAGGGACAGCUGUGUGAAACAUCUGUAUCUAAUGACUACAAAAUGCGUUAG